AUGCACAUCCUAGUCACCAACGACGACGGGCCUCCCUCUCCUCACUCGUCCCCCUACGUCCACUCCCUUGUCCGAACCCUCCAGGACUACGGACAUACUGUCAGCGUCUGCCUCCCGCACACCCAACGCUCAUGGAUAGGCAAAGCGCACAUGAUCGGCCAGACGGUCAAGCCGCUCUACUACCGGCCCCCCCCCCUCUCCGAGCCGGCCGCGGGGUUGGUCCACGAGGACGAACGGAACGACAGCCACGGCACCACGCACACGAGACCGUCGUCCGUCCCUGGGACGGAGGAGUGGAUCCUCGUCGACGGGACGCCUGCGUCGUGCGUCCAGAUUGGACUGUACCACUUUUUUCAAGACCGCGGUCCGGUGGAUUUGGUGGUUUCGGGACCGAACUACGGGAGGAACUCCACGGCUGUUUUUGCAUUGAGCAGUGGGACGUUGGGGGGAGCGUUGGAGGCGGCGGUUUGUAAGCGCAGGGCGGUGGCGUUGAGUUAUGCCUUUUUCACGAGAAAUCAUGAUACGGAGAUUAUUUUGAAGGCGUCGAGGCAGAGUGUGAGGGUGAUUGAGGCGCUUUGGAAGCAGUGGCCGGAGGAUGGGAGUGUGGAUUUGUAUAGUGUUAAUGUGCCGUUGGUGGAGGGGUUGGAGGGGGGGAGGGUGCUCUGGACGGGGAUGUUGCAGAAUUAUUGGGGGGAGGGGAGUUGUUUUACCGAGGUGGAUGGGAGUGUGGAUGGGGAGGUGGAGGAUGAGGAGAGGAUUAGGGAAGGGGAGAAGAGUCCUGAGAAGGAGGGGGAGGAAGGGGGGAUGUUGGUGAAGGGGGGGGUGCAUACGCAUAAGCAUUUCAAGUGGAGUCCGAGGUUUACGGAUGUUUACAAGAGUGUGGAUGAGGCGGGGCCGGGGAAUGAUGGGUGGGCUGUUAAGGAGGGGCAUACGAGUAUUACUCCCCUGAAAGCCAACUUCUUCCAGGCUGCUACCCACCUUCAUGGCGGAGAGUUGCAACUGGGUCCAUCUAGAAGCUCAACUUUUGGUGUCACCGCCGCCAAUGAGCAGGAGUCAACCAACAACACCAAGACUGAGGCAGAGUCGACCAAAACCGAGGAUGCCCCCCCUACGACGACGACAACUCUCCCGAUCCACCCUUCCGAGGACGCCAAACCGCCAGUCUACGCCCUCAUCAACUACGGCGACACCUACGUCCAACCACUCAUCACCUCGGCCCUCUCCUCCCUCCUCCCGGAGGGGUCACUGACAUACCUCCCCACCCCGUCCACCUGGGACGCCAACACCAACCCGGACAUCUCCCUCCCUUCGCUGCUUCCUUUUCCCGAGGCCAAAGUCCUGCAGAUUAUGCCAUAUGAAUCUCUUGAUUUUGACUACAUCUCCUCCCACCCUGCCACUUCUCUUGUUAAUAGUUACAUGAUCCGCAAGGCGCUCAUCAGGAAGCAUUACCUGGCCAAGACAGUGGAGAACUAUCUCGUCAAGAACCCGGACUCGGUGCUAAAGGAUCAUGUCCAGAGAUCUGAGGCAUUUGAGGUAGAUUUUGCCGAGUUUUUGGACGAUGCCUUGGUUGAAGCGUGGGAUUUGAACGAGAGUAUGGAGAGGAACGCGGAGAAGGAGGAAGAAGAGGAGAGGGAGUGGUGGAUUUUGAAGCCGGGGAUGAGUGAUAGGGGGCAGGGGAUCAGGCUGUUUAGCACGAUGGAGGAGCUGCAGGGGAUUUUUGAUGGGUGGGAGCCCGAGUCUGAUGACGAGGGGGAGGAAGGGGGUGGUGAGGGGGGGGAAGAGGAGGGGGAUGGGAUCAUGACGAGCCAUCUGAGGCACUUCAUCGCCCAGCCGUACAUCCACCCCCCUUUGCUCCUCCCUAGCAUGGGAAACAGGAAGUUUCACCUCCGGGUGUAUGCUCUGACCGUCGGGGCGAUGAGGGUUUAUGUUUACAGGGAUGUGCUGGCGCUUUUUGCGAGCAAGGGGUAUUCUUUUCCUCCUGAGAUGGGGGUGGAGGGUCUGGAGGGGCAUUUGACGAAUACGUGUUUGCAGGGCGAGCCGGAGUAUAAUGAUUCUGUGCGUCGGUUUUGGGAUCUGAGUGUUGAUGAUUUGCCGGAUGGGCAGAAGGAGAGGAUUUGGGAGCAGGUUAGGAGUGUGACGGGGGAGGUGUUUGAGGCGGCGGCGAGGGAGAUGAUGGUUCACUUUCAGCCGCUGGAGCAGGGGUUUGAGGUUUGGGGGGUUGAUUUUUUGGUGGAUGGGAAGGAAAAUGUGUGGUUGUUGGAGGUGAAUAGUUUUCCGGAUUUUAAGCAGACGGGGAGGUUAACGGGGGUAGUGGAGGGGUUUUGGAGGGGGGUGGUUGAUAGGGCUGUUAGGCCGUUUGUGACGGGGGAGGAGGGGGAGGAGGUGAAGGGGAUGGAGUUGGUUAGGGAGGUGGAUUUGGGGAGGAGGUUUUAGAGUUGGGGGGCAAGGUGAGGGUGAAAACGAGGUCAUAAGGGGUUUUAACGGUCAGGUAAAAGUUUGCUUUUUUUGGGUGGGAAGCUACGGCUCUUCGGUCUUGGGGAAAAUAUAAGUAGUGAAGGUUAUCCGAGUUGGAAGGCAUGUUGAAAGUAUAAGGUAUCAACAGAGAGGCCUGAGAAGGCACUGUUCUCAUGCACUCACAUGCCUGCGAGAUUGUGGUUAUCGUGUUGUUGCGACGAAGAUGCGGAGAGAUGUGACGUUCCAAGAGAAAGACGAUCAGAGAAGAGAAGAAAGUCAGGUGAGAUGAUCAUUUCGACGCGAUUUAUAUA